GGCUGUCACAACACCCGCCUCCCAAUGUGCCGACGUCCUUAUUGCCAGUAUACGACUCGCAGUAUCUUAGCCAUCGGCAAUAUGCAUGGCGGCCCUCUCUAUUCUCUAGGCCAGCUGGGCUGAGCUGGGGGUCUUUCCUGAGACAAGACCACCAGAUCGAUCACCAUACCUGGCUCAAACGCCCCAAGAUUGCUACCGCUUACAGUGUCCGUCUACAUCAUGGAAGCGAUAGAUGACAACCACCCAGGAAUGCCCAGCUCACCAUUUCCGGUACCUUACAAAGACCUCCCACUCAAGCUUUGGCAUGUUCAACGUUGGACAGUCGCAGUCAUUCUGGGAAACUCGUUUCGUCUUGGUCGGACACGGAGACCUGUCCAUGGAAUCAGUCAACACUGAGGACGACGUGGACGGCUUGGUCAAUAUUUUUUAAUGAUGCUUGCCAUCUGGAUAACGAGGCCCCUAUUCUGAAAAACAUCACGUCCAACAGCGAGCGCUAACUCUUCGGGUGGGAGGGGGGAUUUGUGUAUAUCACCUGAUCCUUUCAAGUGAGACUUUCCCUACGGAUGCCUGGACUUCCUCACAAAACGUUCCGCUGUUAAUAUAACGGUGUUUGUUCGGUUUUUUACUUCAUCAGUUUCACACCACGUUAUUCGACUAUCGUAUCAAACCAUUUGACGUUGGGCGACUACCAUGCCGCACCUCUUAUGUUCUCAGCCGUCCUCCGACACCCAUGUCGAUUCCGAACAUUGGCAGCCCAAAACAUCCAAUCGCUAUCAACCUCCCAAUCUCUGCUGCACAGCCAUCAACACAUGUCGAACAUAUGUGAUGUGCCAUGAGUUCAACUCGUCUCGGUGCGCAUCAAAUAUUCUGGCUCAGGACCACACACGACCGCACUUCACACCCCUAGUUAUGUGCUCGUUAGCGCCGACAUAGCCACUGGCCACCCUCCCAGGCCAAGUGAAAGCCACACGCAAUGUGACCCGGUUGGCAGGUGGCAAGGCAUUUUCCAUAUAGGGGUUUGUCAACCUGUCCGCCUUCCAUUGUGAUACCAACCAUGACAAGGCGCCAUGGCGCUUACUCUGAGGCCCCGCACCUUCGCCGGCCUGCUCACUGCUGCCGCCCUAGUACUCGAUCAAGGCAUGGCUGGAGUAUCUACAUAAUGAGCGGCAUAAAGCUGACGGUCCUUCCCUCUCUUUCCCCGAACCCCAUCGAGUGAACGACAUACUGAUCCAGUGAGCCGUGUUAUUAUCAUCAUCCUGUCUUAUCGAUCCAACCCCCUCGAGCGUCACCAUGUCACAGCCAUUCUGGCAUACCGUGCCAUCUCCGGAAGAUACGGAGCCUAUCCCGAACUUGAAACUUCCGCCGAAGCUUUGGCAUGUUCAGCAUUUCCAAUCCCGAUCGAUCAAUCUCAAGGACGGUGGCUUCCAAGCCCGGAACCCUUUCCUUGACAUCCGUACCUGCGAUGCGCUGAAGAUGGAGGCAGGUAGGCAUUUCAGAUGGGGCACACGGGAUUGGGAUUCCUGUUUCCUCUCUGCCUUCGACGAUCAGGUUCACGCAGAUAAUUGGGCCAAGUUAUGGUGCCUUGAGAAACCCGUCCUUGUCUACGAGUUGGACACGUCCAAGUUACCAGCCGGCACCACACUAUUCCAGUCAACUGCGUUGUGUCGAUCCUUGGAUAUUGGUCACCCGUGGAUGGAGGACGAAUGGAUCUUCUAUCAGCAAAUUCCAGCUAGCUGUAUCGCUAGACGAUACUAUCCUUGGAGCAACUAUGAGCGCAUCUUCCAAUCCCCAAUACAUCUCACGGUCUUGGCUGAGGUUCUCGUGGGUGCCGAAUGGCUUCCCCCACGGAAUACCGACGGGCCUAGGCCGCCCAGUCCGGCCGAGACUGAAGAAGACCAGGACGACUUGGACGCCUUAACCGGUAGGAUGAACGGAUUAGAGCUCGAGAAUGAUGCCAGCAUAUCAGAAGGCGAUGCCUGCGAGGACGAUGAGUCCACACAGGAGGCUGUCAAAAUCAAUCCGGCCGACGACGCACCCAACGGCAUUGCUUCGGCACCCGAGAAAGAUGUUGAUGCCAAUCCGAUCGUUUGUGCACCAAACCACAGUGAUUCAGUAAGGCAAGAGGGCACCGACUCUAGACUGACCGACGAUAUCCCGAAGACCAAUAACGCAGCAACAGAGGACACCGAUCCUACGCCAACUGUUGAUACACCGUCAACCCCGGAGAUGGGCACUGACACUCAACUCAGCGGCGAAACCAUAGUGGCUGAGGAUCCAACACAAGGAGAAGAGGUUAUCAAUUCCGUUUCGAAGGAUGAUUCGUCGAGGGCCAAUUCUGGUGGCCCCAUCCAGCAGAAGAUCAUCUGCCAGGUCAAUAAGGAGAUCUCGGGAACCAAAUCGACUUUCUCGGUGAUGGUACAGUUCGAAAUCCGGGCCGCAGAGGUGGUUUAGGGUUGCUUUCAUGGCGUGCUUCAUGUUAUGUUCUUUCGGUGAUAGCGCUGUGUCCUUGCUGUUUGACAAGUAUGAGUUGUUGUUCGGAAGCCGAGAAACUCUUCUGAUGAGAGACUUGGGAAGCUUGAGCUAACCUAUAUCUCGAGAGGACUGUAGGUGUUCUAAAGUGUGGAAGGUUCAUUCCAACUCGAAUUUGUUUGCGGACUACUUUACUUGGUCUAGCUCGCCUUUUUUUUUUCUAUUUUCCUCUUCAAGUCGUUAAUCAAGCAUGUUCCCCAUUAUUGGGACUGUUUCCAC